AUGGAGAAAGACCCUUCUAAACAAUCUAAGGAGAAAGUGGAAUAUUGUCCAUUGGAGCCCCAACCUGAAAGGGAGGAUAUAUAUUACCCCCAAGAAAAGAAAAUUUCCGUCCACCUUGGCAGUUCUCAAAAGGACCAGACAUAUAACAAGAAAGUGACAUGGCUUGGUGACAGUGGUGCCCGUAGCAAAUCCACCAAGGUUGUGUGUGCUGCUUUCGGGUGUAAUACUCGGUCUGGGAGAGAUAAAGUAAGUUUUUUUACCUUUCCCACAAAUAAGACAUUGAGGAAGACGGGGUCUGAAAGACUCGGGAGAAGUGAUGAAAAGUUUAAAGGACGUGUAUAUGUACCAAAUAUGUACAGCAGACUUUGCUCUAAGCACUUUGAGGAGUCGGCCUUUGAGAAAAGUCCUUCAGUAUUGAGAAGUGUUGGAUGUGGCGAAGUUUUCAGACCGCAACUAAAAAGAGAUGCCCUACCAACCAUUUUAAACGUAACUUUACAGAAUGCUCCGUCCACUAUAGAAUCUGUGCUGCAGGAUAUACUGAUAGAAUCCUAUCCAAAUGGAAAACAGGUGUUUGCAUUUGCUUCUAGCAGUGCCAGUCACAGACGAUGCUCACAACAUGUCGCGGGAAAUAUAGAUGACAUGGACAAAGAGACAGCUAAUACUUGUACUAGUACAAUGCAAAGAGCAGAUAAAACUAACGUUUCUGUUUCUGAUUCCACAGAUACAGAUGAUAAUUCGUGUGAAUACUGUUUUUGUUCUCCUUGUGUAACUGCAAAUGAACAGUCAUCGAUCGGAAAGGGGUCAAGGCCAAAACCAACAAAUAGAAUUUCAAGAAAAAUCAGAUACAAAAAGUUUUGGUGA